AUCCCCCACACUCUCUCUCCAAACACCCAAAAUAAAAUAUUUUUCAAAAUUCCCAUUUUCUCCCUCCAUUUCCUUAUAUAAAUGGCAUUGGAGGUGAAACAACAUCGUACUAAUAGUUCUAGCAACACCCCCUUUGGCCAGGGUGGUGUCUCCUCCUCCUCCCUCCCUAUACUCUAGCCCGUCUCCAGCGGGCCAUCCCUAUCAUCCUCCAUCUCUUCCAUCCAACCCUCUAAUCAUCCAUUGUCGAAUUAGACGAGCCAUCGCCUCAUCCCUUAGCUUGGCAGAAGUGCCUCAAUCUUAAGACAGGUGAGAUUUUCUAUACUAAGAAGGCCACCGCAACGAUGAGCCGUAACGGGAGGAACCCAAAGCUGGAACUGAAGCUGAACCUGUCACCGCCGAGGCAGGGAACCAAUCCUGUGGUGUCUCCAAACAGAUCGAUGUCAUCGUCACCAACUUCACCACCCAGCUCGUGUGUCUCGACCGAGGCUGACCCGGGCCAGAGCCUUCAAUACUCAAACAGCCCGGAGGCGACAUCGAUGGUCCUUGUGGGGUGCCCACGCUGCCUCAUGUAUGUCAUGCUAUCUGAAGAUGACCCAAAGUGCCCGAAAUGCAAGAGCACCGUCCUGCUUGAUUUCCUCCAUGAAAACAACAACAGCAACAAUACCAACAACAACAGCAAGAAGACUAGGAAGAGCUAAGCAGCUAUAGCUUAGCAUUUUGUUAUAGGUUUUUCCUUUCGUUCUUUUUUUGUUUCUUUCUUUCUUCUUCUUCUUCUUCUUCUUCUUCUUCUUCUUCUUUUGCGUUUUGCUCUACCAUAUCGGCAAUAUCAAUAUAGCUGUUGUUUUUCUAUCUUUUGUUAUAUGUUUCUUCCCCUUUAGGCUUUAGUUGAAGACAAUGUAAAAGGGGCUAACUGUAACAGCCCAAGUUUUCUUAUCAAACAGUUUUAACUUCCUUCUA